AUGGCUGUGGAGUUUAUCUUCCCUACGGUCGUAUGGUGGAUCAUGUCACAGGAAUCGAUGGCAGAUAAUUGUCCAUCCAAUCUUUGGUUUCCUUACAUUCGAAAGCAUGGCUUUUACGAUCCCAUUAUUGCGGGUAGCAUCGACGGCACCGACGAAGCCCCACACGACCGAGCCAUAGUUCGGGCUCUGUCGGCCAAUUACAAGCCAAAUUAUCAAGCUGUUCUCGAUGUCGACCCCAAGGCUACUCUGUUUCUGGGUAGACUACCGUAUGCAGCUGAUACAAAUGUAAUUCGUGAGGCGUUGCGGAAACUGCUGAAUACACGUCGGUCAAAUCAGCUCACUGAUCGCUCGGGCCAUCGUUCCGUCGACGAUCGUCAUUCAUCCAGUCGGCGUCGGAGUUCCCGACGCAGUCGAUCACCAUUCGCCAACCCGCCAAAAACUGGGCAUAACGAACAAGAUGAUCACUUGAAUCCGGGCGAUGAAUUGUGGCCGAAAAUUAGACUGGUUCGGAAUAUCGUGACGGGUUUUCCGCGUGGCUAUGGCUUCGCCUACUUUCGAUCGGCUGAUGAGGCCACUCACGUGUUGCAAUGUUGGUUGCACCAAGCACGUUCUUACACAGACAAAAGAAAUCCAAAUAUCGGAGGUUUGGAUAUGCCGGGAGGUGAAAAGGCGAGUGAUCUUGUAGACAGGCGAACUAUUUCGUCGGCUGAUUUUUUUGUCAACUGUUAUUCACUGGAAGGUUACAUCAGUUUAUUUUGCCAACCCUUUGAAGUACGACGUGGGUCCAUGUGA